AGGGUAGGCGCGUCCGGAAACCUCCCGCCGUCGCAGUCCGAGGGUCAGUCUGGCGUCCGGAGGUUUCACCGCGAUCGGAAUUCCCCGUCCGGCUCUAUAGGCGUCUGAGUCCUUGGCAGCCCUUCCCCAGGCUGCUCCCCCAGCCUCCCGCCAUGUGAAAUUCAGUGGACCAAACCCACCUCAUCACCGUGGCAAUCUUGGAGAAUCUUCUGGGCACUGAGUUCAUAUCUGUUCUCUCCCAGAGACAUCUAUUGGACAACAAAACAUCCUCUCAAAUUUGAACUUCAACAAAGGGAAGUUUAAAACAUGUUUAACCACGGUCCCAAUUUGAAAGACAUCCUAAAGUGUUAUGCGGGGAAAGGCAGCACCCUUUGCUCAAUUGUGCAAACUCUUGGUAAGAAGUAGAGAGGAACCAUGAUGAAGCUGUGAGCCUGAAGGAGGCCCAGCUAGACUUACACUGGGGUUCACGUUCUCGUCUGUGCACAUGCAACCCAGAUCGGUCCUUUCUUUUCUGGAACUAGCCUGAAAGCCUUAAUACUGGUCAGAUGAUGGAUGAGUCCGACGAUGAUUUUAAAGAACUCUGUGCCAGCUUUUUCCAAAGGGUGAAAAAGAACGGAAACAAGGAAGUGUCAGAAGGAAAGAAAACACAAAAGGCCUCAGACGGCACUCAAAUGAGAAGCAAAUUGAAAAGGACCAAACAAACUACUACCAAGAAGGAGACUCUUCCUGUCCCCAAGGAGAAGAAACCUCGGUCUGGCAGCCAGGCUCCAAGGACUAAAAGGCCAAGGGCAACCAAGCCACAAGAAAGCGAAACAGCUCCCAAUGUGAAGGGGGAGAGAGCCGUGCUUGCUCCUGCUUGCAGUCAGCAGAGCACCCAGACAGAGGGUGCUCCAAGCCGUGACUCGCAGCCACCCCCUUCCUGUUUGCCCCCCGUGCUGCCAAGUCCCUCCAAAUCCCGGACAGCGGAACUGGUCCUGCAGCGAAUGCAGCAGUUCAAGAGAAGAGACCCCCUGCGCUUGACACAUGCUUUUGAAGAGUGCUCACUGGAGGCUGCAACUGAAGAAGACGUCCCCGAGGGCCCUCAAGAGGAGACGGUGGUGGGGAAUGGGGACGGGCCCGGGCCCCCUGCCACGGAGAGCGACGCCGCGGUGGCCCUGGCCCUGCAGCAGGAGUUCAAGCAGGAACGUGCAGCCGCACACGCAGACGGCCUGGAGGAGAAGGGGUGGUUUUUCUGCCAAAUCUGUCAGAAGAACCUCUCGGCUAUGAACGUGACACGACGGGAGCAGCAUGUUAACAGGUGCUUAGAUGAGGCAGAAAAGACAGCGAGACCUCCCGUACCUCCGGUCCCCGAGUGCCCGAUCUGCGGCAAGCUGUUCCUCACCGCCAGGAGCAGAAGCAGCCACCUGAAGCAGUGCGCGGUGAAGAUGGAGGUUUGCCCCCAGCUCCUGCUCCAGGCUGUGCGGCUGCAGACGGCUCAGCCCGAGGGGGGCUGCAUCCCGGUGGCAUCAGGCUUCAGCAACCAAGCGGGAGGCGUGAAACGGAAGGGAGCCGCCCACCAGGAGCCACAGAAGAGGCGGAAGGUCAGUGGGGCCGAGACGCCCUCCGAGGACCUGCUGGUGGCCGUGGCUCUGUCGCGGUCGGAGGUGGAGCAGUGCAAGGCUGUGCCGGCGCUUAAGCUGGAAAGCGCGUUUGCCACGCGGAUAAAACUGGGAGCAGAGAAGAAACGCCGCAAGAAGAAACCGCCCGUCUCCCCGCCCCAGCUGUUAGUUCAGGACUCCGAGACCACGGGUAGACAGAUAGAGGAUCGUGUGGCCACGCUUUUCGCAGAGGAGGUGGAAUUGUCCAGCACGCCUCCGCUCCCUGCGAGCAGAAUCUUAAAGGAAAAGCUGGAAAAGCCAGGCUGGCACCUGCAGCUGUCUGAACGGAAGAACUUUCUGUGGGACGGCAGCGCCCUGACAGGAGCCUGGGCUAUGGAGUCCUUCUACACAGCGAGCCUGGUCCCUCCCCUCGUGCCGCAGCUGCCCGCCCAGGGUCUCCCAAAGGAGCCUAUGUGUCCAUCGAUGCCACCUGACCCGCCAGAGCCCGAUGCGCAGACGCCACCUGCUCCCCACAGCUCCCCUCCCACGGGCUGCGGCUACAGAGAGGACCAGGAGGAGCCCGAACCCAGGAACCCGUCGCCUUCCUCCAGCCAGAGGGAGCACCAGGCCCUGCAGGACCUCAUGGAGCUGGCCGGGGAGGGGGAAGCGGCAGACUUGGUGCUGAGCGGCCUUCCGUCGACUGGGUUCAUCCUGCCACCCAGAGAAGAUCCCCUCGAGGGGGGUGGCAGUGCCUCGCUCUCCCUCGGUGUGCUGGCCUCCGACUUCAGCGCCAUGGUCAACAACCCACAGCUGAGCGACGUCCAGCUCCAGCUGGACAGCGGGGAGGUGCUGUAUGCACACAAGUUUGUGCUCUAUGCUCGAUGUCCGCGUCUCAGCCAGUAUGUAAACAGUGAAGGCUUCUUCGCAGCAGAAAAUGGGGAUCUCAGGAGCCAGCGUGUCCUGCUGAGCGACGUGAGCUCUGAGGCCGCCUGCGCGUUCCUGCGUUAUCUCUACGCUGGGGACACCGGCCUGCCUGCCCCUCUGACCCCUGACCUGAGCUCCCUGGCCCUCAGGUUCGGCGUGAGCGAGCUCGUCCAUCUGUGCCAGCAGGCACCCGUCACGGAGGAGCCCGGGGAUGGACAGGGGCAGGUAAAGGAAGGCGAUCGUUGUGAAAGCCGGGAGGAGAAUUUCCAAGAACUCUUGAGGUCCAUGUGGGCAGAUGAAGAGGAGGAAGCAGGGACCGUGUUGAAAUCUGAGGACCGCGAAGAAGACCGAGACAAUGUGAAUGAAGCGGAAAUAGAAGAAAUCUAUGAAUUUGCAGCUACUCAGCGAAAGCUGCUCCAAGAGGAAAGAGCGACGGAGAGAAAGCAGGCGGCUGAGCAGCUCACAGGGGUCAGGCCAGGUUCCGCGUGUGGUCUGGCGAGCGUCCAGGUCAGUACAGGACACGUGGAAUCAUCUGGGCAGGGGGGAGAUGAGGCCCCGGCCAGGCGGAAGAGUGCCAGGCAGUCUGUUCUCCAGCCCCUGCCGGGCCAGGGCGCAGACGGGAAGGAGGACGCGGAGACACCAGAGCAGACGCUCAGCCAUUGCCGCCGCUCUCGCCCGUCUGGAGAGGACCAGGCAGAAAGGCAAGAAGGCUCCCUUUUGCACUCCUUCCACGAUUAUGAACCGCUCUUGUCACGUACUCGAAGAGAAUACGCCCAGCCUUCCCAAGUGAGAAGUGAUCGAGCGGGAAAAAAGAAGACUGUCACGGAAAAUGAGGUGGGGGUUCCCUGCACCCCCAGUCGCCACCAGGCACCUCCGUCACAGCCCCCCCAGGGUGGGAGUCCUCCCCGCCCACACCCGCAUCCUCGUCGCUCGCGGGAGCCCUCCCUGCCAACACCCCAGUCGCCGAGUGCUUUUCCCAAGGUGGGCUCCCCCAUCCCAAUGUCGCCCAUUUUACCACCAAGUCAAAAGAGGGACUGUGGCGUUCUGACAUUACUUAUAGAUCCAGGCCACCCGAGAGGCAAAGAAUGCAGUUACGUGCUGGAACACAAAAAUAAGGGGGUCCUGCUUUCUCCCGAGGAAUCACCAUCCAUUGACCUAACCCAACCGAAACCUGGCCGUUUGAACCCCAGAUCUCUGAAUUCCCCAGCCAGCAUGAACAAAGAGGAUGAAGUUAUCCUUUUAUUGGAUUCAGAUGAAGAGCUGGAGCUUGAACAAACCAAAAUAAAAUCAGUUGCCCGUGAACCCCCAGAAGAAAGGAAAGGGCUGGAGAUUAGCCCCCAGUCCUCGGAGCUGUUCUCGGUCAUUGACAUCGAUGCAGAUCAGGAACAUUCUCCAAGCCCACCCUCCAGGGCAACUGAGCUGCCGCAGGGGCAGGAGGAGGAGAGUCGGGGCCCCUUGGGCAGCAGGGGGCCUCUCCGGCUGUUCUGCGAUCGGGAGAGCAGCGCCGAGGAGGACAGCACCACGGAUACGUCGUGGCUGGUGCCUGCCACCCCGCUGGCCAGCCGAGGCCGUGACUCCUCAUCCCAGACCCAAAUCACAGGCCUGCAAGGCAAGCCUUCCAGGGAUCAGAAGACUCAGCUCCAGCCCCGGGCCUCACUAGAAAGUAGGGAAGAAAAUGGGGCCUCAAGUAAGCUCUCAGUCAUCGUGCCCCAGACGUCACUGUCACACCUGGUUCCUCUCUCUCCGGGAAACUCUGACGCAGAAAGGCGAGUCCACCGAAGCCCUCCCAGUUGGCACUGUGUGCACUUUUCUCCCACGGCAGCCCGUCUGAUCUCAGGAGGGCCCACUGGUUUCACUGAGCAGCCCCAGAAACGCCUGCCACCCGAGCCAGGCCCGGCCAGCGAAGUGGUGGAGCUUGAGGACAGCGAAGACGAGCAGGAGGCAGUCUCCCAUCAGGCCAGCGGCCUGCCCCUGCUGGACAGGAGCCCCCCAACCCCAGCUAAUGAUUGCUGUUGGGGCGCUGAGCCCCUCUCGCCGGUUCCAGUUGACCCCCUGAGCCUGGAGCGGGCUGGACCCCUGAGCACCAGCAGUCCCAGCAGCAGGACGAGGGCGGCCCCCGGCAGCCAUGACCUUGGCUCCCCGGGACCCCUGGGCACCACCCCCAUCCGCGGAAGCUGCCCCAACCGCACCCCAGAGACAUCCCCACAGGCUGGGGUCCCCCGCAGCUGCAGGCCGAGCUUCCUGAAUUCAGCCCUGUGGGAUGAUUGGGAUGGAGAAGAACAGAACUCUCCAGAGAUUCUGUCCCGGGCGCAGAAACUAAGUGCUGAUCCAGCUCAGAAAUCAGAAGGGUUCCAGACGCCCAAAGGUGCUAAUCAGAAGAAGAACUUGCCCCCGAAAGUGCCCAUAACCCCGAUGCCACGGUAUUCCAUUAUGGAGACCCCAGUGCUGAAGAAGGAACUGGACAGGUUUGGAGUCCGCCCUCUGCCCAAACGCCAGAUGGUCCUGAAGCUGAAGGAGAUAUUCCAGUACACUCACCAGACCCUGGGCUCCGACUCCGACGAUGAGCUCCAGGCCCCCCAGCCGCCCCUGGACGCACCUUCCGGCUGCACCCGAGCCCCCGAGACCUCCCAGACCUCAAGGGCAGGAGGCUGCUCCCAGCUGGAGGCCACCGCUGGCCCCGCUCCCCGAAGGCUCAGGGGACCCGUUAAGGCCAAGGGCCCCGGACACAGAGAGCAGCAAGCGCACGGCAGCCUCCCGGCCCUGCACUUGGCACCGGCUGAGGACAUCCCUCGGAGCCCGGAGGGUGAUGCCCGGCUCCCAGCCUCCCAGGAGUCGCCGGCCUCCGCAGACGGCAGCGAUGGCACCUUCAGCUCACAGAGCUCUUCUUCCAGCGAGUUUGGAGCUGCCUUCGAGUCUGGAGAUGAAGACGAGGAGGACGAGGAGGGGGUCCCGGCCUCGCAGGCAGCAGCCCGGGCUGCGGACACGGAGGAGGCCGUGAGACGCUACAUCCGCUCCAACCCUGCCCUCUACCGGAAGAUCCUGCUGUACCAGCCCUGCGAGCUGGCGGAGCUGCGGGCGGAGCUCAGGCAGCACGGCGUCCGGGUGCCCGCAGGGCAGCUGCUGCGCUUCCUGGACAGCCACUGCAUCACCUUCACCACCGCCGCAGCCAGGAAGGAGACACUCACGCGCAGGCGGCCACCCAGGGGCCAGAAGAAAGGGCCGCCGGGUCCACGGCCCCCCCACGCGUCAGUACCUUGAGAGUCUGUGGCCUGGCAUCGGUGGCCCCCACAGGGAGCCUGAUUCGGGCUGGCCAGGCAUUUCGGGGCCCCUGUGACAGUGAGGAAGCGACCCGGCACCCCACCGGGAUCUCAUCUCUGGACUGAGGAGCCGGCCCCUUCCGUCCGGCGGUGCCCGCGGUUCCUUCCCCUGUGGCCCAGGAGGCCCUGCCCCUGCGUGUUCAGAAGUGGACGGACCGCUGUUCCGUGCGUCCAGGUCCAGCUGACAGCCUGGGCCUGCUGUCCUCCUGGGCGCUCAGGCGACUUCCCAGCCACCACCAGCAGACCAGUGCUCCCCAGGCCCAGCCAUCCUCGUCACCAGCAGGCUCCAAGCCGGACCGUGCCCAGGGGCCCCACACAGCUCGGAGUCCCCCAGAGAAGCCUGUUCUCCGUUCAUGGGUCCCACUUUUGGGUGUGAAAGCUGCCUCCAGACUCGGAGGGGAAGGUGGGGGGCGCAGGGGAAGUUCAAAAAAGUCUUUCACUUCUGGUUCCUUGAGAAUGUCCUUGUCUGUCUGAAAUCCAGUGCAGUCGGUUUUACAUGAGAUGCAAUAAAAAGGAUUUUGUGAAGACCCUCCAGCGGC